ACAGAUUUGUUUUUUCUGCACUUAAAAGUGGAGCAGUGGGUGCAGAUGUGAGCUUCUAGCAAUGGAAUGCUUUCUGUCGACUGCUAGGGGGCUUGUGUGCGCCCCACACUCACUACCUCCCCAAACGUUGACGUGUUUUGUAAAGGGGACCACACAGGUCGUGAGUUUCAUUAAAUUUAUAAACAUUUUAUUUAUCCUGUAUGACGAGCAGAUUGCCAAAAACUACGUUGCUAUAGAAAUGAGUCCCACGAACUCCUCAAUGACGACCAAUCGUUGACCAGGAUUGUAAAUGGGAGAGGGGGCAAGGAAAACUUUCCUUUCUUUUUCUGGAAAAGGAGGGGUGUUGUGGGGAAAAGAUUAACGAAGCGUGAAGCGUAACUGCAAGAGGGGGACAAAGACACAUAGCGAGAGGAAAUGCUACAGUGAGAAGAGGCAGUCCUAAUGAAUUCAACCAAAAUAGUAUGGAAUGGAACAUGGAAAAUAUGAACGUUUUUUAAAGCCAAGAAAGUUGGACAUAUUUUGAAAAACAAGAGUAAAGAGUUAUGCUUUCAAACGAGGGCACGACAUGUGGAUAGUAGGUGUCCGAACUUUGGACUGCGCAUGUGGUCACUUGUUGUUCCAUUUUUACUGACACGACUGUGACAUAUUUGCGAGGGAUAGUGUUGCUUUGUUGCGUAGCUGACUCUAUGCAAAGGAUUUCAACAUUGUUACUCAUCCGUCCCAGACUGGAUUCAUUCUACCGCAUAAAACGGACUAUUAUUCCACAACUGUCAAGCGUGUAUUGGAGAGACAGAGGGACAUCUUUAGGUUUGUAGCUAGGCCUACUAAACACAUUUAUGUUUGGACCAUAAACGCCUCAUACUAAAUGGGUUUAUUAGUUACAUGACGUUUUAAAUUCAUCAUAGACUUGGCUGUCCCGCACUAACUGGAGGAAAAUGUGCGCAUCGUCGAACUAGAGCUCUCUCCAGCAUGAACAGUUGGUGCAGCGCUCUGGCGCUCUUCUCAUCGGUGCUGUUGGCGCUAGAUGCCCAGUUAAUAUGUUGGCAAGCCCUGCUCCGAUGCCAUGAGGAGGCAGACUGUGAGCUUGCAUAUAGCCAGUAUCUAGCCGCCUGUGAAGGAAACAUUAGAGGCACCAGGAGGCAAUGCCCCAGCCACUGUAUCAACGCGUUGAUAAGACUGAAUCACACCCGCAACGGUCCUUACCUCGAGAGGUGUGACUGUGGUCAGGACAUGGAGUGUAGGGAUGCAAAGCGGGCGAUUGAGCCAUGCCUCCCCCGAAGGUAUCCUGGAGACGCGGGGGGGAUAGGAUGCACAGAGGCCCGUCAACGCUGUGAGGAGGACACCGGCUGCCACUCCUCCCUGACAGCCUACUUGUCUUACUGUGGGCAACUCUUCAAUGGCAGGAAAUGCUCGUCCAGGUGCAAGGCCACAAUACAACAGAUGCUAUUCAUCCCAAAUGGCAUGCUACUAAACCAGUGUGUGUGCGACGGGGUGGAAAGGCCGUUCUGUGAGGUAGUCAAGGAGAACAUGAGCAAACUUUGCCAGAUUGGAGACCACAGUGUUAUUUCAGACCAGGCAGAUAUGGACGAUAUGUAUGAGGAUGAAGACUAUGAUUCGAAAACAGAGGAGAUAUAUCCUCCUGACUCAAAUUCUAGUUCCUCGCAGCUGUCGAGCUAUAUGGCCUUAUUAUGCAUAAUUCUUGCACGGAUAUUCUUUUGAGAAUGAAUGUGACCUCUUGUUGUGACCUCUCAGUUGGACAGACAGGACAGUCUGCUCGGGGACGGGUCCAAUCUAAUGAGCACGUGGGUUUGAUGUAGCGAAUACUAUUUGCUCCUAGUAAUCUCCUAUGGGCCUAAUUGAUUUUUCAUAUUUUGAUGUGAUGCCUUAAUCUGGGACACAAGAAUGGUCAGGACAUUCAGACCACCAAUUCAGUUUGCAAACUAGACCUAGGCUACUCAUGAAAUAUCCUAGGUCGAAACUGUUCUGGAGUGUAAAGAUCCAUAAAGUGAUUGUUUAGGGAGAAGUGAACCAAACUUGACUUCAUUGUAACGAUACUCCUCAUUGGGCAUUGCAUCCAUUACUUCUGGGCUACCUUUUAAACUCUUAUGCCUAUUUGUUUAGUUUCGUCUCAAUGGUCCUUGGAGUGUGGCUUUAUUAAGACUUAAGAUAAACAUUGGACCAGUCCAGUUUCUGUUUGCUUUCCUCUCUAUUUUAGGGGCCUCUGCAUUGUUGCAGCCAUCACACUUCAAAUAUUUGUAGGGAACUGCCAGUGAACAGACAAGGGUUUGGAAUCAAGUAGGCCUAGUUAAAUUAGCUGAAGUGCCUCUCCAGCAGCCCCCCUACCCCCCAUGACACAUCCCCCACUCUUGAUAGUUUUAUUUAAAAUGUCCCCCCUUUAGGGACCCCCUUUCUUUAUUGAAAGCAAGAAGUCACCCUUCUCCUUAUAGACUGGCCUCUAAAAGAUGAAUGUGGGCUUAUGAUAGACUUAUAUGGACAAAAGAAGAGGCACUACUGUUUUUUCUCUGAAAAAAAAUAAGAAAUACCAGUUUAUUACUAUGAACAGCAGUACAUAAGCUACUUGUUAAUAGGUCUAGUUUAAUUUAUUAUUCAUUUCAUAUAAAGUGUAAUGGGUUCCUUUCCAGGACAGAAACAUGAUUGACAGUUAGCCUAGAUAUUUAGUAAGAAGGGAAAAAGCUAAGAAGUUAUUUUUUAAUGAAGCUAAUCCUUCCCGUGUCUUGUCAUUAUCUUUACAAGAUGUCACUUGAAGUUUUUCUAAACUAAUCUUUGUUUUUGUAAUGAUCGUCAAUGUCAUUUCUUUUUUAUUCCACCUUGUUGGGUAGAUGCUGGUCCAUAGGGAAAUGUAACUGUCAUGUUGAUGUUAAAUUAUAUACAUAAAAAAAGGAAUUUAUGUUUUACAUGUAUAUGUCAUAUAUUAAUGCUGUAAAUUAGUGUCCAAUUUUGUCCAUUGUGACUUUGCAGUCAAUACACCACCUCAUGAAUAAUAUGGCAGUAGUUUACAUGUACAAAAACAAUGUUUUUGAAACAAUUCUGCAGGUAGAUUUGUCAUCUCAACCAGUGUGGAAAAAAAUAAUGGAUACCUGUUAUAUAUGGAAAAUAAUUUAUGUAAUAAAAUGAUUAAGUGUGAGUCAAAAAGUCCAACUGUUUAUUUGACAUCCUGUAUGUUAUUCAAAAGUAGGAAUGUUUCCCAACCCCCAACUAAAUAAAACAUCACACCAAAACUAUCAGACCUAAAGUAUAGGAAAAUGUAACUGCUGGAACUAGAGAAGAAGACUGGAAUGUUCAAUAAGGGAAAAAUGUCAUUUUGGAUCAGGCUCCAAAGUCACGUGUCGCCUGAAAAUGUGAACUUGUGCCAUUGCCAAGCAAAGCUAAAGGACCAGCAGACAUUGAAUCGUUUUAAAUAUCUACUGUGUUGAUCUUUGAAAUGAUACCCUUGCAAUUCUGGUAGUCCUGGCAAUAGCAACUUUUACAUGAAAAGACAAAACAGGACCUCUCACUACUAUUGUCUUCUCAUAUCAUCCAUCUUCCCUGGAAUUUGUAAAAAGUUUUUAGAGACACAUAUUUUGUUGACACAAUAUUAAAUCAAGUCCUAGAACAGGGUGAUUGCAUCUAAAUGAAUGCCUCCUGUGGCUGCUGAAACCACAAGUAACUUUCUGACUGCUGUGUACCUUUCAUAAUACCAGCAUUGUGUAAUACUUUAGGGAUCAGGCCCAGUGUAACUGAAACCCAAGUAGGAAUGUUAAGUGUCUGGCUGCACAAUACAUCUUAUUUGGAAGAGUAGGCCAGGACUCUCUGUGCUCUUUGAGACAUUUCUGGUUUAAGUUACUGCUUCCUGGUAAAUUGUGUCUAAUUACUUGUGUGUAAAUGGCACUUUCUGUGUCAGUGUUAAAAGGUCAGCCACGACUCUUGAGAAUGCAGGAUUGUGCAUUUGAUCGUUUAGCCUUACAGUGCUUCUCAGUUCUCUUGGUCUUCAAUUACCUUUUCAGAUAAAUAAUAUGGAAAUAUAGCACAUUAAUAAAUGUAUCACUUUUAUAACACA